ACUGCGCGCGCUGUCUCUCUGUUUAGGCCAUAAACCCCAAGAGAUAGAGAAAAAGGGGAUAGAAAGAAGCAUUGAAACCCGAGAAACGCUGAAGAACAGCCAAACAAAAAACCAAUCUCUGCUCAUGUUUAUCCAUUAACAUUCCCUCUUUCUUCCCACUCGCAAUAUUCCUUCACUUCCAGAGAUUCAACGAACACGAACCCGACGAUCAUUCCCAGAGUUGCAGGUUUGGUGGGUCAGGAAGAAUUGAAGGAGGAUAACAUAGACUAAGUUUUCAUUUACUUCGUUUUCAAAGGUGUAGCUAUGCAGACCCCAAAAUCAAGAAAUUCCUUGUCGGAAGCACCUCAAAAGGUAUCUCCUCGAGCUGCUUGGAAACUUCGGACCACAGCUCUGGAAUGUGAUUCUGCCUCCUCUUUGAACCAAGCAAAUAGAAUCAUUAAAGAAAGAAGCCCUAAACUUACUGAUCGAAAGUCACCUAGAAGCCCCUCGAGCGAGAAAAAGCGUCCAAGCAAGAUUUCUGAGUUGGAAUCUCAGGUUUCUCAGCUCCAGGAGGAUCUGACGAAAGUGAAAGACCAGUUAUGUUUAUCUGAAUCAUGCAAGAAGGAAUUCAAGAAAGAUGCCGUGGAGGCCGAGGAACAACUUAUAGCCAUGAACUUAAAGCUUCAAGAGUCUCAAAAACAAGUACUUGAGCUCUCUGCUUCUGAGGAAGCUCGUGUCAUAGAGCUACAAAGGAUCUCGCAGGAACGAGAUCAAGCCUGGCAGUCUGAGCUUGAGGCCAUUCAUGAACAGCACAAACUUGACUAUGCUGCAUUGGCUUGUGCUGUGAAUGAGAUUCAACAGCUAAAGAUCCAGCUUGAAAUGGUAGCCAAGUCCGAAACGAGAAAGAAUGAACUUGAUAGCUUGAGAAGAAACCUUGCAGAAACUCUGAGUCUCGUGGAAAGAAAGGAAUACGAACUGAAAAAUUGUCGAGAAUCUGAAGCUCAGGCUCAGUUACUAGCAAGUGAAACUCUAGCACAACUUGAAGAUUCCAAAAAACAGGUCGAGGAGCUCAGAUAUGAUGGUAUGGAAGCAAUGAAGGCUAACCACUCCAUUGCUUCAGAGUUGGACGAAUCGAAGGCACGUGUGAACAUAUUAGAAGAACUUGUCGGUAAGCUCCGAAUAGACCUUGCCAAUGCUAGCAGUAACCUUUCGCAACAUCCAGUGGUCGAAAACGAGAGAAAGAGUGGAGAAGAUCAUGUUGAAGAAGAAAUUUGUUCUCUCAAGUCAGAGAUUGAACAACUGAAAGCAGCCCUGGAAAUGGCUGAGACCAGAUACGAUGAAGAACAAAGUCAGAGUGCAGUCCAGAUAAGAACAGCUUAUGACCAUAUUGAGCAGAUAAAAUCCAACAUCAAUUCCAGGGAGUCUAAUUUAGAGAAGGAACUGAAAAAAUCGAAAGCUGAUAUCGAAGAGUUAAAGGCUGACUUGAUGGAUAAGGAGACUGAAUUGCAGUGUAUCUCGGAGGAAAACGAGCAGCUACAAGCAAAGAUUCAGAAGAACCUGUGUAGCCAGAGAGAAUAUGAACUAGAAAGGGAGAUCAAGGAAUUGAAGGAACAUCUUGCUGAUAAAGAGAGAGAGCUCCACAACGUUUCGGACGAGCAUGAGAUGCUAAAAUGUGAAAUUAACAAAACGAUAACAAUCCGACCAAAAGCAAACGAUGAAACUACUGAAGUUGAGGAUGCAACAGCUGCCGAACAAGACGCUCUCAUACGACUUGGAAUUGUGAUGGAGGAGGCAGACAAAAGCAACAAGAGGGCUGCACGAGUGUCCAAACAGUUGGAGGCUGCGCAGGCUGUAAAUGCCGAAAUAGAAACGGAGUUGAGACGGUUGAGGGUGCAGUCAGACCAAUGGAGGAAGGCUGCAGAGGCAGCAGCGUCGAUACUCUCAGCAGGAAACAAUGGCAAGUUCAUCGAGCGAUCGGGAUCAUUGGACAGUAGCUACGAUUCAGCUGCAGGAAAGUUGAAUGGGUCUUAUUGUGAAGAGAUAGAUGAUGAUUUGCUGAAAAAGAAAAAUGGAAAUGUGUUAAAAAAGAUAGGUGUGCUGUGGAAGAAACAACAGAAAUGAAGAUCCAAGACUUUGUAUUUAGUGUUAACAUGAUGGGAUGGGAUGGGAUGGGAUGUUUGCUUUUGUAGGCUCAUUUUUUUUCCAGAUGUGUUCAGCCUGAAAGCUUCUUGUGAUUCCUAAUGAGCAAGAGGGAGUAUAAUUUUGAAAACUAUCAUAGUUUCUAAUCGUUGAAAAAUUCAUCUA